ACCAAAAAGCUAAUAACCAAACACUUUUUUUUGGCACGUUUGAUCGACCAACUUGAAAAGCCAAAAGUCAAAAACUAAUGAAAAAGCCAUUUACCAAACAUGGCCAUAAUAUGGGACAAAUUGUUCCCUACCGGGUAUGAGAAAAUACUUCCUCUUUUGUUAGUUAACUCCCAUGUUACAUAAAGUCAUAAAGUAGUACAGUUGUUAGUUGUAUUUCCCUAUUUUUAGAAACUUUCAAAGUCAACACCUUUCUCCUUCUUCCCUCCAUCCCCAUCUCCCUUCUCUGUUUUCAUACCAAGAGCUCCCAUGAGCUCCCAUGAAACAGAUGAGCUCAUCACUCCGCCAUCGAAACCCAAACCCGCCUUUCAAAACCCGAUUUCCUCCCUUCUUCACCAACCCUUUCAAUGGCUCCAAAUGCUCUCUUCUUCAUUCACCCCUUCUUACAUCCUUAGCAUCAUUUUUGUCUAUGGCCUCAAUCUCGGAUUCUCCGAUUCCUACUUUCGUGUCGUUACUGAUUACUAUUGGAAAGAUGUCCAAAGAAUCAACCCUUCAUCUGCUCAAUUUUACGUAGGAUUUUACUACAUUCCUUGGAUCUUAAGACCUCUUUGGGGACUUCUUACUGAUGUAUUUCCAAUCAUGGGAUAUCAUAGAAGGCCUUAUUUUAUCAUUGCUGGAGUUAUUGGUGUGUUGUCUGCUGUGAUUGUUACGACGUUUUCGAAUUCGCCAACAAGUCUAGCUCUAGUUUGCUUGAUUGGAGUUGCUGUUGGAAUGGCGAUCACAACUGUGAAUAUUGAUGCUUGUACUGCUAAGAAUAGUAUAGAGGUGAAAGAAUUGGCAGCUGAUUUGCAAAGUCUUUGUGGUUUUUGUCAUUCUGCUGGAAAUUUGUUGGGAUAUUCUACUAGUGGAUUUCUUCUUCAUUUGCUUGGUGCUCAGGGAGCACUCGGGCUUUUAACUAUCGCACCAGUUUCAUUUAUAGUUUUGGGAUUCCUCAUUUAUGAACCAAGAGUUGCUAAGUCUACCCAAGAUUCUCAUAAGGUUGUGGAAAGUUUUGGUAGCGCAAUGGAGAAUAUGUAUAAAACACUAAAGUUCCCUCACGUGUGGAAGCCAUCACUCUUCAUGUUUUUGUCUCUGGCCCUCAGUUAUAGUACUCAUGAAGGUCAUUUUUAUUGGUAUACUGAUCCCAAAGCUGGUCCUGGAUUCUCUAAGGAGUUCGUAGGAAUGAUGUAUGCAAUUGGAGCUGCAGGAUCAAUACUGGGUGUAAUCAUCUACCAAAGGUUCUUGAAAGACUUACCACUUAAAGGCCUCCUCUUCUAUGCUCAACUUCUUUACGCCGUUUCAGGAAUGUUUGAUCUUAUGUUCAUCCUAAGAUGGAAUUUAGCAGUUGGGAUCCCUGAUUCUUUCUUCAUCGUCGUCGAGGAAAUCGUUUACAAUAUAAUAGGCCGAAUUCGAUGGAUGCCAAUGGUAGUUUUGAGCACAAGGCUUUGCCCUUUAGGUAUUGAAGGAACAUUUUUUGCACUAUUAAUGUGCAUUGACAGUUUAGGUUCUCUUUCUGCCAAAAUGGUGGGAGGAAUGGUACUUCAUCUUAUGCAUGUUUCAAGAACUAAUUUUAGUAACUUGUGGUUGGCAGUUUUUGUAAGAAAUUGCUUGAGAUUUGGUACUCUUGCUUUGAUAUUUCUUGUACCUAAUGCAACUCAAUAUGAUGGUCUAGUUAGUUCUGAUUUUAGUUCCAAAAAAUGUAGUAAUACUCAGUUAGAAGAAGCAAGUUUGGAGCUUGUACCUUUGGCUGAAAAAUAGACAUUUGAUUUCACAAAAAGGUUGUAUUAUAGUAUAGCUUAAGGAUAUGCUCAUCGGUGCCUUGGUGGUCUGUUGCAAAGUUCAAGGAAA